CUCCGGUUGCCAUGUUGACGCGCCUACGUGAGGUUGGUGUUUGAGACUGGAGUAAAAGGGGGGAGGUAAUCAAGAUGGCGGCAGCCUGACAGCAGCUGUGGUUUACAGGACAGCGAAUCUUUUACAAUCAAAACGACAACACCGAAGCCGAGGGGAGUCCAAGAAACAGAAAUAGAAACAGAAAUAAAAUAAGCUCUGUGCGCUAAACCUGCGGACGGCAGGUACGCUGGUUCUUGGCAUCGUAUUUAAUAAAUACUAUUCAGUAAUACCAGACUUCAGUUUUCGCGAAAGAAUCCAGAGAUGGUACGGUCUUCAGUUUCUGUAAACGGAAGAUAAUACGUUUACAUUAAUAAUAAUAAUAAUAAAUAAAUAAAUAAAUAAAUAAAUAAUUAAACCGCUUAAGCGACGGAAUAUGAUGGAGUUAAACUUAAACAGAAAAUAAAGGCAUUCAUGUAGCAUCUGCUGCACGCCAGACUGGGUCACAGCUGUAGUGGAACUGACCUGUCAGUUAUUGGUGGAUAUUACUGACUGACUGACUGACGGCUGGCUGUUUUGUGUUUACAGUAGUAAUCCCACGAUUUUGGCUCCGGAGAAAGAGAGGGGGUCUUUCCCCGUUGCAAAUCUUCCCGAAUCAAUACCACAAUACCAAAGAAGUCUGUUAGUGCACCUGCAAACCAAGUCUGAAAGUGUUUAAACCCUUUGAUUGAACCCCCUGGGCCUGGUACUUGAAUUAUAAGAGGCUGCAUGUGGCACUGAUAGCACUGCAAGUUCAUUUGACUGUGGAGCAGUGAUUUAGUACUGUAUAAUUUGUAACCUCAACCAAAUAAAAAAACACCUUGGAGGGAUUCAAGGCCACAAAAAAAAUAUACAGAACUAAAUAGUAUUAAUGUGAAUACCAAGGGCUGUCUGAACUGAGCUCCUGCUGAAAAGGCUAUCUGUUUAUACCCUGUCAAGUAUUAUAUAUUGUAUUGUACAGUAGUGGGUCAUUCUAACACCACAAAGACACAACUGAUUGCAACAGGGCACCAAGGUUCUGGGUUGGAAAUCGGUACUAUUGGCAGAACCAACUGGGACGACUACCAGAAAGAGUAAAAGAGAGGGAUAUUUCCUCUGAGAGGAUUUUGUGUGCAGAACUGGAACCAGUAGGGCACGUGCCGGACCUAGGGUGAAAAUGGACCUGGAUGAACCCCAGCAGCUGGACUACCUGACUGACAAUGAGCUGAUGUCGAUGGGGAUGGACACCUUCAUCCACCGCAUUGACUCCACGGAGGUCAUCUACCAGCCACGGCGCAAGCGGGCCAAGCUGAUUGGGAAGUACCUGAUGGGGGACCUGCUCGGGGAGGGCUCCUACGGCAAAGUGAAGGAGAUGCUGGACUCGGAUACCCUCUGCAGGAGGGCCGUCAAGAUCCUGAAGAAGAAGAAGCUGAGGAGGAUUCCCAACGGGGAAGCCAACGUCAAAAAAGAAAUCCAGCUGCUACGGAGACUGAGGCACAAAAAUGUGAUUCAGUUGGUCGACGUGCUGUACAACGAAGAGAAGCAGAAAAUGUAUAUGGUAAUGGAGUAUUGUGUAUGUGGAAUGCAGGAAAUGCUAGACAGUGUUCCCGAAAAAUGCUUUCCAGUAUUUCAGACUCACGGGUACUUCUGCCAGCUAAUCGAUGGUUUAGAAUAUUUGCACAGCCAGGGAAUUGUCCACAAAGACAUUAAACCAGGGAAUCUCCUGCUGACGACAGACGGCACUCUGAAGAUCUCUGAUCUGGGAGUGGCUGAGGCGUUGCAUCCGUUUGCAAAGGACGACACGUAGACAAGUCAAGGGUCACCAGCAUUCCAGCCCCAAAUAGCCAACGGCUUGGACACGUUUUCGGGGUUCAAAGUGGACAUUUGGUCCGCUGGUGUCACGCUAUAUAACAUUACAACCGGCCUGUAUCCGUUCGAAGGGGACAACAUCUAUAAGCUAUUUGAAAACAUUGGCAAGGGAGACUACAGCAUUCCUGAGGACUGCGGGCCCCUGCUGUCAGACCUGCUGAGAGGCAUGCUUGAAUAUGACCCAGCAAAGAGGUUCUCAAUACAACACAUAAGACAACACAAUUGGGUCCGUAAGAAACACCCCCCAUCUGAAGCCCCCGUCCCCAUCCCUCCGAGCCCCGAGACGAAGGAUGAGUGGCGGAGCAUGACAGUGGUGCCUUACCUGGAGGAUCUGCACGGAUACAACGAGGAGGAGGAGGAGGAUGAGGAAGAGCUGUUUGACGUGGAGGACGACAUCCUCUACACUCAGGACUUCACAGUACCAGGACAGGUGCUUGAAGAGGAGAUUGAGCAGAACGGGCAGAGCCGUGGCCAGGCUGUCCCGAAGCCCGUGUGUGUGAACGGCACGGAGGCGGGGCAGUUAAACAGCAAAUCAAAACAGGAGCGACGGGCAAGCUCCACCUCCUCCAACCCCUCCCGCAAGGGGGUGUCCACCACCAGCAAGAUCCGCAAGCUGUCCACCUGCAAGCAGCAGUGAGGAGCUCGAGACUGACGCACUGUACCGGUUUUUUUUUGUUUUUUUUAAACUUCUCUUGGGGUUAUUAAAGAGACAUCGGGAGAGAGCUCUGUUGCCCGUGAUUUAUUUUCAUGGAUUCAUCAGAUGAACUGUUAAACAAUGGACACCCAGGAAUCUACGGAUGAGUGAGAGAAUUUAAAAAGACGGAAGGAGAAAAGAAAGGAGGAGAGAAGAAUGGAAAGAUGGGGCCCAUCUGUCUACUUUGCCAACUGAACUGAAGCCAAUGUUAAAUUAUUUUUUAUUUCCCUUUUUUUGGGGGGGAGGACCCAAAAAGGACAACAACUGGCACAGCCCUGUUACCGUGUGGAUGUGUAGAACUCUGUGCAAAGCCAUGUAGAAGCACUUUAUGUUUUAGACUACUUUUUUUAUUUUAUUUUUUUCAUUUCUUUGCAGUAUAACAGUAUACACAUUUGUGAUGUGUAAAGAAUAUUAAUAAUAAUAAUGAUAAUAAAUAAGAACAAAAUAAA